AUGACGCUGUAUGCAACAUGGGAAGAAUUCGCAAAGGAUGCAGAAAUGCUUUAUAGUAAAGACCCAUUAGGGUUUAGAUUAGUUACCAAGUAUCGACACAAGGACCAGAAGUUGAUGGUUAAGGCUUCUGACAACCAAAGCACUCUUAAAUAUGUCGCCGAAUUGGCCCAAGAUGUCAAGAAGUAUGAAAGGUUUACCACCUUGCUCAUGAGGCAUAUGUCUUCGAAAUAA